CCCCGUCAAUUCUGAUGUCAAAACAUCCCAAAACGUUUCCUUUGCCUCUACUGCGAACGAUCUUUCGUUACAGCAUCUUUGCAAAUUCGGCACGUCCAACGAGUACACAAGGAUAAUCCCAGCAGGCGUUCCAGCGGGCGUGGAAAUGUCUCGAAUUCCAAAUCAGAUUUCAUCGGCUGUGGAUUUUGUUCAACGGAGCACACUGCCUUGGCCAGGAGCGUCGAUCUGAAACAAUUAUUUUUGCAUAUGUCCGAAAGACACGGGGACAAAUACUUUGCAUGCACCAAAUGUACAGUGCGAUUUCCCUCUAGUGAAAUUUUGAAUGCUCAUCUGUCAGACGCGCACGGGCAAAAAGUAGACAUGGCGAGGACUGUUGGCGAAUUUGCAAUCCCGGACGCGGUAGAUUUUGAACAGAACAUAGCCGUGAACAUCGUGUCUCUGGCAGAACCCAAAGUCAAUCCGAAGAUUGUGGUUACGGAACCGGUUAGGACGAAGUUGCAGAGAUCUGGUACAUCUUCUGGGAACACAACAGGAGAUACGCCGCAGAAUGAGCCGAUGUUGUCGCGAUUGGGUAUUACUCAGAAUCGUUCUCCUGGUGGUAAGAAACAGACGUCCAAAAGUCGUAAAAGCGGCGAUUUAAAGUCGCCACUUAACUCUGAUAAAAAACAGAGUAACAAAUCGAAGACUUUCACGCAAGAACCGCAAGAGUUCGUUAUAAACAAAAACAUAAAUUCGAAAAAUGAAUUAUUUGACAGUAGAUUUGAUAAGGACUUUUACCAAAACGUGACUAGUAACGUGUGUGAAAAUUUAGCGCGUUACUUGGAUGGAAAAAUGAAUAACAUACCGGGAAUGAGUAAGACUGAGGAGCCAGACCUGGAUAGCUCAACACUGCCAUUGCUGAGGGACGAGAAUAAAGUAAGGAUACACGAAUCAAAUACAAAUCUAUCCUCGAUCAGCUCAUUUCCUACUCUUUUGACCUCGGAACAGUACGGAGCCGGUCCUUUCAGCAACCUAAAACUGCCGCGCAAGAAAGCCACGAAAAACUCAUGGAAGUGGAAGUUCGAUUUCGUUAAAAAGUACAAAUAUUAUAACGAAAACGGUAAAAUGGUGAAAAAAAUCAAACCGUCUUGCCAAGGCACCAGAGACUUAUCCAAAUUGGAUAUGUGGACACAGUUGACUAUGAAAAGUAAGUACGACACCGAACGGAUUAAAGCUGGUGAAAGUAAUACGGAGGAAGAAAUAAUAGAGAAUAAUAUCAGAAAUGAAAAAGUACGUUUGCUGAAUGAAUUGAAUUCCAUACUUGAUACCAGGUUGUUUCCGAAGUUACAUUUGGAGCAGGAAUUUGAGGAAGUUAAACCUGACGUACGCGCUUUGGAAAAAACUGAGAAUGAAACAAAAGUUCGUAGGAAAUCUAGUAGGAUUAAUGACAUUUGUGCAAAUUUAGCCAAAGCCAACACUAAAAGUGAUGUGGAAGUUGUAAUUAAAACAGAAGACGUUGAAACUGUUAUUGUAGAACCUGUAGACAACAAAAUCGAUAUAUCAGCAAUUCCUAUUACACCUACUAAUCCUUUGGAACCAUCAAGCGAAUCAUUGCUGAUAUCGGAGUACCUGCAGUUAGAAGCCAAGAAUAGAUCCUCAGAAGUACAAACAAUGGUUAAUUCUUUAGAAGUGUUUUUAAGCGGUGAAUGGGCAAGGCCUAGGUGUUACGUCUGUGUCGGCUGUGGUAAAAAACUAAACACUCUCAAAGAACUGGAAGAUCACAAGACUUCAGAACACGCUUAUAUAUACUCAACCUAUUACGAAAUCGUGGGCAAAGACAUGAUCAACAGUGAAGUGUAUCGUUUAUUCCAUUUACCAGGCUCUCAAAACACUGGCAAACUUUUAAUAGACGAGAAACUUAAUAUCGAACAAGUAAAACCAGAUGUAAAAAGCCACAGUUCAUAUACAAAGUGUACAAAGUGCAAGACAGAUUUGAAAGGCGAAGACUUUUACAGGCAUUUAUUAGAAUGUGCAGGUGAUGCUUGGUUGUUGUCGAAGAAGAAAUCCAGGUAUAGGCCUUUUGGUACUCGAAGGAGAAGGGCUAGGUUGAACGGAUGCAAGCCUUCGAGGAGACAGAAUAAUGGAAAUGGUAAUUCCUCAGGGGCUAUUGUUAAGAAACUGAGACGGAAGGUGAAGAAGAAGUCUGGGCCCAGAGUUAAACCAAGUGAUGCGGAAACAAUUCAAAGGAUGUUGGCAAAUCUACCAGCAAAACGUCUAACCAAGCACGUCAUGCCAUUACCAAAACCUGUCCAGAGACCGCUCAACAAAAACCAGAAGCACAAACCUCAAAAAUCAAACCCCAGACACUCGAUACUGGUCUCCAACAAUAUGAGAUCAAGCCGAAGUAGACCUUUCCUGAUUGGGUCAGGACACAAACACACCUGGACUGAAUUGCAACGACUCAAGAACGCUAAACAGCAACAUGCCAACAGGAAUAGAAUUGUGAAAAAUGAUACAGGGACAUCCAGUACAGCCAGGACAUCUGGUAAAGGUGUUAAGAAAGUUGUGAAGAAGGACGGUGAUGGUGAAAGUGUUAAACGAGAGACAGAGGACAAGUCGGUGGAGUCAAAAGUGUUGAGUGAUAAAGAUGGUAAGAAGAUUGUUUUGAAAAGUAAGGUUGUUAAAAGUAAACCAAGUACAGUAGAAAGUGCAGAAGGUGUUUUAUUGAGUGAUGUGACUGUUGAAAGUGAUGUAAGUAGCAAGAAAAAGAAGCAGGUGAGUAAAAAAGGUGCAAAAAUUGUACAGAAGCCAGAGACAACUACUGUUGAUGAGGACAAGACUGAUACACCGAUAGAUAUUGUAAAUACAGAUGAGAGUUCUAAAGAUUCCAAGUCACCUACAGAAGUUUUGACUGCUAAGCCUAAGCAAGUAAAGAAAAUUGUUAAAACCAGCAAGGACAUUAAGAACAAAAAAGUUAAACCCAAGAAGUUACCAAUUCCAAAAUUUAUCGUGGAAGAUUUGUCUACGCCCGCAAGUCUUGCUGAAAAACUGGAUGUAACAACAUCAACCAUAGCAGCUGAUGUUGAUGAUGAUAAAACCACAAAAACCACAGAAAUUUCUUUAUUAACAAGUGUGGUAUCUGCAGAACCCUUGGUUCUUCCUGAUGGUGAUGAUUCAGACAGCAAAAGUGAUGAUGUACCACUUGCCAAAAUUAUUUCCAAACCAUUGAGCAAACCUAAAAGAAAACCUGCAGUUAAAUUGGUAAAACCAAAAGCACCAGUCAUUAAAAAACCAGCCAAUAAGAAGAAAUCUAAAACAUCUGAUGCUGAACAAAUGCCUGAAUUAAAAAUUGUAUCGCCUAUUUCCAGUGGUAAGAGUACAGAAACUUGUCCUGUUCUAUCACCUGUUGUGGUUAAGUCCAAGAAGGCACCACGUCCUUUGGCUCCAUCGAGGUUGAAAUUAAAUUUUGCACCAUUGAUCUUGGAUGUUCCUGAAAUUAAUGGUGAAAGUCCGGUUACAAUAACAGGUCCCAUAAAGGAUUUGUCGACAAUUGGUGAUUGUGCAGUGUCUGCUGAGGUGAAAUCUCAGCAAUUGUUAGUACCUGAGUCUGUGGAUGAAGUUCAGGAUGUACCCAUGGAUGAAGUGAAAGCAUCAAUUAUUGAUGAACUAGUUGGUAAUGAAACAGUGGAUACUAGUACAAAAGAAGUACCGCAAGUAUCAAUACCUGAAGAAAUAUCACCAAUAUUGAAACCAGAUCAGAAGCAAAUUGAAGAAACAACUCAUGCAACUAUAUCUGAGACUCCACAGUUGUCUGCAGCAGCAACUCCAAACAAAAUUUCUCCAACUGGGAUUCCAAACACUCCGAGCAAAACACCGAAAAGACGGUCUAAAAAGUUGACUGAUUGCAUAGCAAUGUUGACCAAUAAGUUGCAUUCUAAAUUAUCAGAAAGUUGUGCCGGUUCUUUUAAUAUAUUCAACAGCUCACAAGCAUCAAUUUGCAGUACACCAGAAGAGAAAACAACACCAGAAAAGAUACCAAUACUAGAACAGAAGUCAACACCAGAAAAUAUAUCAAUACCAGAAGAGAAAGCAACAUUAGAAAAGAUUUCAAUACCAGUUUUCAGUACAUCAACACCAGAACAGAAAUUAGUUUCAGAAAAGAUACCAAUACCAGUUUGCAGUACAUCAACGCCAGAAAAAAUAUCAAUACCAGUUUGCAGUACAUCAGCACCAGAAAAAAUAUCAAUACCAGAAGAGAAAUCAACACCAGAAAAGGUACCAACACCAGUUUGCAGUACAUCAACACCAAAACAGAAAUCAACACCACCAAUUCUAGAUUUUUCAACAAAAUUAUAUGAAACAAAUACUGAAACUACAAAUUUGCAACCCCUUGAAGAUUCUGCAACCAAAUCCAGAGUUGUUACAGAUUUGAAGGUGCCUUUGGUAGGAUUAUUAUGCAAUAAGGAAAAAUCAGAUUUGCCACCAAAUCCUGUUGUCCCAGAAGAAAUAUUAUGCAACAAGGAUAUCUUAGUUUUUCCACCAAAUCCUGUUGUUUCAGAAGAAAUAUUAAGCAACCGGGAAGUCUCUAUUUUGCCACCAAAACCAGUUGUCUCAGAUAAAUUACUAAGCAACAAGGAUAUCUUAGUUUUUCUACCAAAUCCUGUUGUUUCAGAUGAAAUACUAAGUAAGAAGGAAAUCUCAGUUUUGCCAUCAAAUCCUAUUGUCCCAAAUGAAAUACUAGGUAAGAAGGAAAUCUCAAUGUUUCCACCAAAACCUGUUGUCCCAGAAGAAAUACUAAGCAACAAGAAAAUCUCAGUUUUGCCACCAAAACCAGUUGUCCCAGAUGAAAUCUUAUGCAACAGGGAAAUCUCAGUUUUGCCACCAAAACCAGUUGUCCCAGAUGAAAUAUUAGGCAACAGGGAAAUCUCAGUUUUGCCACCAAAACCAGUUGUCCCAGAUGAAAUAUUAAGCAACAGGGAAAUCACGAUUUUGCCACCAAAACCAGUUGUCCCAAUUGAACUUGAAAACCUAUGGAAGGUUUCUGUAACAAUCAUAAAUGAAAGUGAGAACUUGCCUAAAGUUUCUGCACCAGAAAACAAUUUAUCAACAGUGUCAAUGUUCAAAAUAAACCCUGAGGAAGCCAUUAAGCCCAAGAUCAAUGAAGCAGUGAAGUCAAAUUUCAGUGACAACAAAAUUCUGAAAAAUGAUGUAGUUGCUCCGUCGAAUGAUAUAGUUACUCCGUCGAAUGAUAUAAAUCCACUAAAUUUGUCGUCCACCAAACGCGACGUAAGAUUGGACUUAAAUACCUUCUUAAAUGAUACAAAUUUUACAAAACCUCAUUUUCGUUCCGACAGUUUAUCAUCGGAUAUAGACAAAGCUUUAGAUGAUUCAGUCGGCGACAAACUGGGUAGCGAUAUCGACAUCAGUGAAGUCCUAAAAGAGUCUGAGCAUCUAAAUGAAUUUUUAUUGUGUGAUGAUGUGAAGAAAAAUUCCUUAGACAUUAAUUCAGGGAAACCGAAAACUCCUGAAAAAUUCAUUCUAAAAAUUCCUGAAUUCGAGGUCAGUCCUAUCAGGAAACGCGAGAAGAGGAAACCGUACGUGUCGAAAAGUCCGAAGAUUAAAUUUAGGAUGAAAAAGACUUUGGGUAAAAAUAAAAAGGGAAGGAAGAACCUGUCUGAUGUUUUGUCUUCAAUGCCUUUUGAUGAUGGUAGUAAUGACUCAAAUGUGCAAAAUGAUUUUUUUAAGAGUUUUGAUGAUGAUGAUAAAGUAGCACUUGAGGAUGAUUUUGCACCUGCAAGUCUAGAUAAAUCACAUAAUGCUCAAUUGGAACAUAUUGAACCAGAAAAUUCCAAAGUUGAUGCACCAGAACCACUAAUACGAGACAAUUUAUCACCAUCGCCGAUUUUUAACAACGAUACGUCCAUUUCCAAACCAGAUCAUUCCAUUACAAAAGACGAUAUUUUUACUACGUCUCCAAUCGAAAACGAAUUACCAGUUUUGAGAUCUCCGAAAAUUACAAUCAGUUUCAAGAAGGAAAGCAGCAGGAAAAUUAUCAGCAAGUGUUUGAGUGAAAUUUUUGUUGAAAGUUCGAACGAUGAUCAACCUGAAUCGACAAAAAUCGAGCCGGAAGUUGUAAAGGAUUGUGGUAAAUCACAUUUUGAAGAGGAAACUAUGUCGGCGUCGGAUGUGAAUAUUUUUGAAAAAGUUUGCAAACAAAAGGAAGAUGAUAAUCAAAAUUCUGAGAAGAAAGAAGCUGGGCUGGAUGAAGUUUUACCGUUGCCUGUGGAGAAAACUGUGUUGGAAACUGAUAAGGUAUCAGUAGACGAUAUGGUAAAUGGACUUCUUGAAGCAAAUGAACAACCAAGUGCGGAUACAAAUUCUGAAACCAAUGUUCAAAGUGAUUUAGGUGUCGACGAACCAAGUUUAUUAUUGGAGGAUAAAUCUAGUGAAAUUAGUCAAGUAAAUAAAGCUGUUUCAAACAUUUUGGACAAGGCUAAGCCCAAGACCAAACAAUCAAAAACAAGGAAGACCAAACGUCAGAAUGCAAAAACCAAGAAGAGCAAACAGCCUAAAAAACAAGUUGUUGAACGUAAAAUGUCACCACGAAUAUGCAAAUCUAAAACCAACGAAUUCCAGGAUAUAGUAACCAAUAUUGACGAACCAAGUUUAACUUUACUGGAUGCUGAAAUCAAAUCAAAUAUUGUCGAUGACGAAUUACCUGAAAUCCAACCAGUUUCUCUUAAUGACAAUCUAUUUAUUAUUGAAAAUAAAACAACUUCUCCUGAAUUUGCUUUGCCAGAAACUGAAGACAAGAUACAAAUAUGUGAUAGUUUUGAUGAACAAAAAUGUACAGACGAACAAAUCAGUUUGAUGGAAGACAGCGAAAUAUUUACAGAGUCAUUGUUAUCAAAAAUCGGCGAUGAAACUGUUGAAACCAACGAGAACAUUUUAGACAAUACAACUACAAGUCAUGUCCCUGACAACUCUGGUGAUACCAUUGAGACUGAUUCUGAUGAAGAUGUAAGUUUAGCAGUUAUUGCUAAAACUUUGCAACAAAAACCAGAAACAAAUGAGCCUUUAAAACCAGAAGAACCUUUGGACGAUGAUAAAACCAGUAUCGCGUGUUCUCAGGAUCAAAAUAACACGUCGAAUGAUUUUAUUCUAAAGUAUGAUAUAAUAAAAUCCAAGAAAAAGCGGCGGUACAAGAAGUCUAUACUGUAUAAUUCAAAAAAAAGUGAAGCCACAAGUCAAAACGGAGAAAAAUACACGAGCAAGUCCUGUGGUUGUUAA